AUGCCGACGGCCCGAAAUCCGAGUCCCAUCGAAAAUAUGCCCGUGAGAAAUCAUAACCCGUUUCGGAGCUUCCUUGUACAGCUUUCCUCAACCAGCAAUCAACCAUUAACGCUGACUUGGGAGCCUACCGCCCAAUUUCCAUGCUUUUUCCCUGCAGGUAAACCUUCUAGAACCGUCUUCGAAGUUUUUUCCUUUAUCUUCGUUGUUGGCCUUCUCAUGUUACAGGUCACAAGUUCUACCAUCUUCGGGAUCGAUUCUUCGCUGGGCUUCAAGAAAUCCAAUGUAGAGGCACGGCUAUAUGUGCACAGAGGAUAG